UCUGCCCAGAGAAUUUGUGCCACUGCCCUAGUGCCUACUAUCAAAUCUCUUUGGGCAGGCUUCACCGUACGGCCGGUGCUGGACAGGUGAAUGACCCAGGAUGGAAAAUGUACUAUAAAGGUUUUCCAGAAAAUACAUACAGAUCCCUAUAAAACUCUCUGAGUGAAGAUGGCGUUCUUCAAGAACAACUUCUGGGGGGACAAGAAUGCAGGUUUUGACUUGCUGUACCACAACAUGAAGCAUGGCCAGAUUGCUACCAAGGAGCUGGCAGAGUUUGUCCGCGAGAGGGCUGCCAUCGAGGAAACCUACUCCAAGUCUAUGAGCAAAAUGGCCAAGAUGGCAAGCAAUGGAAGCUCACUAGGGACGUUUGCCCCUAUGUGGGACGUGUUCCGGGUGUCAUCAGACAAGCUGGCGCUCUGCCACCUUGAGCUGAUGCGCAAGAUGAACGACCUCAUCCGGGACAUCAACAAGUAUGGUGACGAGCAGGUCAAAGUUCACCGCAAGACCAAGGAGGAGCAGGUGGCGACCCUGGAGUCUGUUCAGGCGGUUCAGGUCCAGAAUGGUCACCUCCAGAAGUCCAGGGAGGGAUACCACUCCAAGUGUAUUGAGCUGGACAGACUGAGGAAAGAGGGAGCCCCCCAGAAAGAACUGGAGAAGGCGGAGCUGAAGUCUAAGAAAGCUGCCGAGUUGUUUGCUGUGUGUAUAGAGAAGUAUAACCGCGUGGGAGGAGACUUCGAGCAGAAGAUGAGCGAAUCAGCCCAGAAGUUCCAGGACAUUGAAGAGGCCCACCUGAGGCAGAUAAAACAGCUUAUCAAGGGAUACUCUCACUCCAUAGAGGACACCCACGUCCAGGUGGGACAGGUCCAUGAGGAGUUCAAACAGAACGUGGAGAACAUCGGCAUAGAUAACCUCAUCCAGAGGUUUUCAGAGCAGAAGGGCACAGGGAAGGACCCACCAGCCCUGGUGGGGUUUGAGGAGUACAUGACAGCUUCAGUACCUGAGGGGAGUAAGAAGAGUCGAGGAAAAGCCUUCAGGAUUCCUGGACUGGGCAAGAGGGACAAAGAGCCAGACUCAACGGAUUUGGCUGUGACGGAGACACCAAACUCUCCCCUGGAGGUGGAUGAGGAGGGGUUUGUCAUCCGAGCCGAUGUCAAUCAGAAUGGCUGCUCGACGGAGGACAAGGAGAACGACUUCUACUCCAGCGACUCGGACUUUGACGACGAGGAGCCCAAGAAGUUCCACAUCCAGAUCCGUCCAGUGGGCAGCAGCAGCAACUCUGCUGCUACAGAGAUGGAGCUGAAGGCCACCAUGGGGGCACUCACACUGCCCCCCAACAGAGGGGUGUCAGUGAAACGGCAUCGCUCCAGAAACAGCAGUACUACAGGCCGUUCAGAGGGGGAGGGAGAGGGCGCCCCCCACAGGGAGGGAGAGCAGGACGGCCUACGCAAUUCCAUCUCCAGUCCGGAUCACAGCAGGUUGAGUUCUACUGCGUCAGGCUCAGACAACCUCUUUGGACCUCCUCUGGAGUCGGCCUUUAAGUCCAAAAGCUUUGCUGGUAGAGAACAGCUACCGAGAGCAGAGAGUGUCUUUGGUGCAUCUGAAUAUGCUGCCUUCUCCACUGACUCCUCCUCUCCUGAGGACGUAGAGGACUCUGGGCUGGACUCACCUUCCCAUCAGCCCCUGGGCCCCUCCCCUGAGACAGCUGGUUGGGCAGCGUGGCCAUCGGCAGGUCAGAGUAAAGAACCAGCAGGACUGGGCAGGCCAGCAGACCCCUUCCUUACUGCCUUUAGAGACCCCUGCCCAGGACGCAGCCCCCACCCCCCCCCCAGGACAACCCAGCCAGUAUCUGGGCAGCUGCUCCUCGGUACCCCCGCCCCCCUCCAGACAUGGACCUCUCAGCCCUCCGCUUCCCGGUCUUCUCCCAGUCCCUGCUCCCUCCAGAGCUGGACCCGUCUCUGUGGAGCUGUAAACACAUCCCUCCUGAAGACCCCUUCCAGGCUGCCUUUGAGAGGACCGUCGUCACUCAGGAGACCCUACCCCCCCCUGACGCCUGGGCCCCCCCACCUCCGCGCCCCUCCAGAGACGGGAGGGGGAUCAAUGCCAAAUCCCUCCCCUUAUCCCAGCCAAAAAAAGGAGCUGGUCCACUGGAACUCUGUCCACAACCCCUUCAGUGAGGGGACCUCGGCUGGGUCUCUGGCCCUGGGUGGAGUGGUCAAUGAGGGAGGGAGGAAGCAACGCGAGUCAUGCAGUGAAAGCGAGCCACGCAGGAGCGGCCUGCCUCUCACACUGCAUUCUGGGCCACAGGAGGACCUUUGCUUCUCUACUGACAAAGACCAGAACUGUCUGGACCUGAACGCACCACAGCAAUCCUGCAACAUGGGCUCACACAAAGGUUCAAGGCAUAGCUUCAGGCAGCACAGUGCAGAGCUGCUAGUGGCAGCCCCCCCCAGACCAGCCAGAGCCAAGAGGUCCUCAGGCAGACUGAGUGGCUGUGAGAGAUCCAGGUCAGUGUGCUCAUCUCCUCUGCCGGACCCCAGCCUGGACUUCACCUCAUCCUCCUCCUCCAGCCCUAGUGAGUGGGGGCCCCAGACCCAUGCCACCAGCCCUGCUAGAGUGCAUCUGUCUCGCGGGCCGAGCCCAAUCUCCCUGAGCACCCAGGAGUCCUGGCCUGUGGCUGCAGCCAUCACAGAAUACAUAAACGCUUACUUCAAAGGUGGACAGCAUAACCGCUGUCUGGUGAAGAUCACAGGAGAUCUCACCAUGUCUUUUCCUGCUGGAAUAACUUGUAUCUUCACCGCUAACCCAAACGCCCCGGUCCUCAGCUUUCGAUUGGUCAACAUCUCUCGGGUUGACCACUUUCUGCCCAAUCAGAAGCUGCUCUACAGUGACCCCUCUCAGAGUGACCCAGACACCAGGGACUUCUGGUUCAACAUGCAGGCACUGAACCUUUACCUGCAGAGAGAGGCUGAGCUCAACCCUCUGGCCUCCUACUAUAACGUGGCCCUACUCAAGUACCAGGUGUCGUCCCAGGACCCUGGUCGUGCUCCCCUCCUGUUGUCAGCAGAGUGCCAGCGGAGUGGCACAGUGACCCGUGUGUCCCUGGACUAUCACUGCUGCCCGGCCACUGCCCCCUCCACCCAGCUCACUGCUGUGCAGGUGCUGCUACCCCUCGACCACACCGCCACAGACCUGCAGUGCCAUCCCCCCGCAUGCUGGAAUACGAAGGAACGACGGCUACUGUGGAAGCUACCCAACCUCUCCCCCACCAACCAAAGCAAAGGCUCUGGCACUCUGUGUGCUAGCUGGCAGUGCCUAGAGGUUCCUCGCAGCCCUCCCCCCAGCCUGGCAGUCCAGUUUGUGGGAUCGGGGGCCUCCCUUUCGGGCAUGGACGUGGAGCUGGUGGGCAACCAUUACCGCAUGUCCCUGGUAAAGAAGAGAUUUGCCACAGGGAAGUACAUGGCAGGCUGCACCUUGUGAGGAGGAAUACCCAGGUCCCCGUUGGGAGUUCCUGGAGUACACAUUGCACUUUUAGGCCUCUGGGCCAUACAAACCUAGUCGCCCAGGAGGGAGAGAACAGACUAGGAUGGUUUUGACAUUGGGACCACACAUCGUGCUCACUCUUUUUCCCACAAACUUGUGACCAAACUCAUUUUGGGACCUAGACUUGAUUAUUUUUGUAUCUUUCAGCCUUGCGUCGUACACAUAAUCCUUUUCUCUUUGUUCCGUUUGCAUUGUGUGCCUUUAUAUCAGGAGUUAAACUGGAUGUAAGAAGUUGGUUUUAUUGAAGAGAAAUUGUUUAUGAAUAAACAUAACACUUGUCAAA